GGCUGACUUCAUCCCUUCAGCAAAUUUCUAAAUUUGUGAUUUUAAUCAAGAUAUACAGCUAAUCUUCCAAGCCAUCAUUUUAACCAAAAUUUAGAUAAAUUUACUCUAAUUUUGCUGCCAUUCGCGCUGCUAUGAACGUAACUAUAGUUCUUCUCGAUGGAGGGCAAUUUGAAGUCCAACAUUUGAGGGUAAGUUUACGAUAAACACUCGAGUUUUAUAGCUCGCUUUAUAUUUAUACGAGCGGUCGACGUGCUUUGCACUUGAGUUUGAUAAAUGACAUGAAUUUGCGGCUCAUUUUAAAGCGAUGCUAUAAAUUUUUAACUGUCAAGGUUCCCGCAUUUGAACGCUAGUUUCCGCCUGUUAAUUUUGUGUAGAGUUUAGCCUUUUUAGAUUAUUUUUAACAGCGUAUAUUUAUAAGGUCAACGAAAUUUUGAGGCUGUCAACUUGUUUAACACCACAUGUUAAAACGCUUUGCUUUGUAAAUUAUAUUAACUUUAAUGCCUUUUAAAUAGCAAAGAAAGGAGACUUACGCUUUUCUCUCGUUUAAAUUUUUUGACGAAAUGUGAUAUCGCACAACAGCUUGGCUAGUAGAAGUGGUCCUUCAGCUAAAGAUUUUGUUUUUAUGACCCUUGAAUCACACCGUAUCUGUGACUGAUAUUUUGAUAUCUUUCUGCCAGUUUAUGUUUCAUAAACGAGUGUGGAGACGCUUCAAAACGGUGCAUAAAGCCCUAUUUUUGCUAAUAUUUCCUUAGGAGAAGUUUUUAUUUUGGUUGAUUUGAAAAAAAAUUGUAAUAAAUGCUAAUUUUUUUACAACAGGAAAUAAGAUUAUUGUACUAAUUAAAGUCAAAAGUUCAAGAAUUUUGAGGACUUGACACAAACAAGCAUAUUACUGUAUUUUGACUUUGUGUUUUUACUUUAUUUGGGGUUUUUCUUGAACAGAAUUAAGCUAAUUUGAAAAAGCAACAAUCAAAAAUAACAUUUGCCCUAGAUUUGUUAAUUGUAUACUGUUAUGUUUAUAUAAAUUGUUAAGAGCAUUUGGAAUUUUUUAUCUUUUAUAGCAAAGUUUUUAAUUUUUGCAUGACAAACUAAACCACAAAAGUGGGUUUUGACCACACGUAGAUUAAAAUUACGAAUAGAAAAUUCUUUCAAUGCAUUUUGGCAGCCAAAAUUUGUUAAUAUUUAAUGAUUGUUCAACGAGCGAUUAUGUGGAAAAUUUGCAGUUUUAAUUUGUUAUUUAUUGCCUUCAGCCAUGUUUUGAGCCUCUGCUGUUCUGUUUAAUAUUUUUGCUGCUUGCUGUUGUUGAAACUUUAUUUAAAUAUAAAUAAAAUAAUAAUGAUAUUAUUUUACACAUAUUAACAAACCCACAGAUGCAUCCUCUCGCCUGAAAAACACAUCUUGUUGUUGUGUGUCAAAACUUAAAAUGUCAAACUAUUAUUGGCUAAUUUGUUUAGUGAUAUAGCCCGUGGAUUUAGCUGGCAAAAUCCUAUUGCAUUAAAACUGUUUACGGUCUUCAUAUAAGCUAUUGGAUAGUGAUUGACAGAGAAUCAGCAUCGGGCUGAUUUUUGGCUUAUCAGUAGACAGUCGGAAUCAGUAGAAUUAUCUAUAUUUCUGAUUGUUUUGAAAACUCAUUGUUGAGAAAAUACACACUUUAAAAAUUAUAUGCAUUGCACGUUGAUACAUAUUGCGUUUUAACCAGGGCCGUCCUCAGGAAAUUCUUCAGGGGGGGUGUUAAUAAGGCCAAUUCAACCGACUGGUUCAAAAAAAUUUUUCCGGAUCAGAAAUUUUUGGUCGACCUCCCCCCCCCGUCGCCAAAAAAAUUUCGGUCAGUGUACCAUUUUAGGGGUCCAAAAAUUUUUCCGGACGUACAAAAAUUUUCCAGAACAUUCAAAAAUUUUCCGCACAUAACAAAUUUUCAACAUUUUUUUUUACAUUUUUCCAAAAUUUUUACAUUUUUCCUCAAAAUUUUCCUAAAAUUCCCACCACGUUCUUGCCCUUUGCGCCAAAAAUAUUUAACCCAAAUAGCAGUUCUACCGACUGAAUAGCAGUCCUACCGACUGAAUACAAUUACUGGGGGGGGUGUCACACCCCCCCGUAGCUCCGGGCCUGGUUUUAACACACUACGUUAAAUUCAUGCGUGAAGCGUGCCAGUCAUUAACGGUUUUAACGAUAAAUCUGGUUACAAUAACACAGUAGGUUGGAAAUUAUUGUUAAAAAAUCGACAUGAAUGAGACAUUAUAAAAUCAGUAUCGGCGUCAGUAUCUGGCAGAUUGUAGCAUGAAUAAGCGGUAAAUGUCUGAUUGUUGCAAAAUCGGUCAGUCACUACUAUUGGAUGUGAAUUUCUGCCAUCAUGUUUCACUUUUCUCAUAGGCCCGAAUGACUGACAUUCUUGCUCCAGAUAUAUGGAAGAAUUAGGAUAUAAACUUUAUAAACGAAAGAUAAUGUGAAACAUAACAGAACAGCAAACAUGCAGAUUUGGCCAUCUCAAAAAAUGGCAAUGUUGGGAUAGUAGCGUUGCAGACUGCAGAGGAGGGUGGGAAGUAAGGCUCCCUCAUGCAUCACCCCAUGGAAAACCUGCACCCCUCCUUGCAGAUGAGGCUAGAUCUGCCCCUGUGAAGGAUUAUGUGCAUAAAUUUUAGAGUGUACAGGUAAUGGACAUUUCCCAUUAUAACUAAAAUUUUGAUCUAGACACAAAAAUUUCAUCACAGCUUGCAAGAGCUCUCUCCUCCGCAGAGGCUUUAGUUUUCUUAGGAUUUAGUAUUACGAUGAGAUACAUUUCACUGCACUUUACAUGGCGGAUCUUGAAACACGAGCGUAGCCGCUGGGCGAAGGAGCGCAGGCGGCAAAGGGAAAGGAGAAGGAAGGCCUUCGCGCCUUCAUAGCCAAUUAUAAAGCCUCUGCGGAGGAGAUAGUUGCAAGAGCAUCAUAAAAUUAGUAAUAUUCCAAACUUUUGUUGCAAAAUGUUGUAAAAUGCGGAUAACAUAGCCUUGUGAAGUUUGCUGUUUUUCAGUCACCUUGUAUUACGCAUGGGAAAUCGGGUGUUGGGGCAUCAAUUUCCCGUUUGUAAUACAAAAUGACUGAAAAUUGCAAAUUUUGCAAGGCUAUAUUAUCCCCAUUUUACAACAUGUUGCAACAAAACUUUGGAAUAUUUACUAAUUUUGUGAUGCUCUUUCAAGCUAUGAUGAAAUUUUUGUCUAGACUUAUCUAGAUCAAAAUUUUAGUCGUAAGGGGAAAGGUCCAUUAUUGUUGUGCAGUCAGUAUCCAGAAGUGGGAUACUAGAUUCUCAGGGGGGGGGGGGAUACUAAAACUUUGAAAACUAGUAUCCCAGUUGGAUACUGAGAGAGAAAAAUUUCAGACCAUGCUUAUUUCCACUUAUUGUAGAAAGGCACAUUGGGCAAAGAGAUCUUCAAAAAUGCUUGUAACAAGAUUGGCUUGACAGAUGAAACAGACUACUUCGGACUUCGUUUUAUAAACAAGAAAGAUGCAGAGGUGAGUUUGCAUAAAAAUCUUGAUAAAAACACCUGGCUAUUCAUGAAUCUCCUGUUUGCUGCAGUAGCUUGACAUUGUGAAUUUUUUAUUGCAGUUUCAAUGGGUGGACAAUGAAAGAUCUAUUAAGUCACAGCUUGGGAAAGGUAUGUACAACCUGUGGUGGGAACAAUAUUUUACUUUCUGGGACCGCAAGACAGCGUUGAAAAUUUUCCGCAAGUAGUCAAGUACAUUGAGACCUGGACACUGUAACCGUGUGACACUAACAAGUUGUCAAACUGGAUUUCAUGCUAUAUUUUAACCAAUUUUGCACACCUGAUUUUCAAAAUUUUCUGGAGGAACAUGGAACCCCCUGAUGGCACCCGCCUCCCCAUCUUUUUUUGCAUCAGUAUUUAACUUAGGACCGGACCCUUCACUUAGUUUUAUGUCAUAUUGCUAAAAGUAUAUUUACUUUACAUGAAGAUUGUCAGUGCACUGAAAUUAUUUUUUUCUGUUAACUUUAAAAAAGCAUUUGCCAUACAACAUUUAUUACAUGAUUCUAUAGUCUAUACAUUUAUAUAUACACUGUUGCACUAUUAACCCAUUGAGUCGCAUUGCACCCUGAUGCACCCUACUUUAGUAUUUUACUCUGUCUAACGCCAGACAAUUUUACUCGUCAAGGGGAGAGCGCUGGUGCUUAAUGGGUUAACUGGCCUAUCUGCCCAUGUGUCUAGUUAACCCAUUGAGUCGUAUUGCACCCUGAUGCACCCUACUUUAGUAUUUUACUCUGUCGAACACCAGACGAUUUUACUCGUCAAGGGGAGAGCGCUGGCGCUUAAUGGGUUAAUUAAGAUUGAUGCACUUAUACUUGCAUUUCUGAGCUCAUACUUUGACUACAUGUAAAUUCUUUCUAUUGGGAUUUUCUUCAGAAUUUUUCCUUUUAUCUAAAUUGUUGCAAUUAUCUUCUUUCUUGGGGAAAUAUUUUCUGGGAACUCACAAACUUUUCUAGGACCAAGAUUGUGGUGCGGCUAUACUUUUUCCACCCCUGUGUGUUACUUAGCUGACAGGCUAUGUAUUGAGUCUAAUUGUUUUUAUUUAUUUUCCUCUUUCAUUUCCAGAGGCAAAUGAUAAUGUAACACAUUAUCUUCAUUUUGCUGUCAAGUUUUUCCCUAUAAAUCCAACCAGUAUAAAGAAUGAUUUAACAAGGUAGGAUUGCCGAUCAGCUGUACAUCCUCCUUUCUAUAGGCUGCUUUGCUCAUGCGAGCAUAGUGCUUUAUAGGUUUGUUGUUGCAAGAAAUUAUGUCCACUCUGGUGCUCGCAGACAUGUGAGUGAAGUUGACAUGUUCUCAACUUUCCAGACAAACUCGUGCGAUCGUUAACUUGCAUGGUUGGAACAAACCAAUGAGAUCACUCAGAUUUCCUCUCUUUGCAGAUUUCUUGCUUCCGUAGUUUGUUUUUGUACUUCUUUCUGCUCAAUAUUCGCUUUAAAAUUAUCUAUUUAAGGUUACAGAACACUUUGAGUGUUAAUUUUGCCUAAAAUUUUUUUGUUGGUCUCCAUGAAAGCAUUGAACUAGAUCUACCAUCUGACCAAGUUUGAAACAUUGAAAAUGUAAUAUUCAAAUUCAAUUUUCUCCCGAAAAAUUUUACAAUAAUUACUGAUUUUCAAACGAGUUGUGCUCCUGCGGGUUUUAACCAAUUUUUCUGAAAUUUGCACAGGACAUAGCUAAAGACGUCUGUUUCAAAAUUGUGUUUGGCUUUUUUUAAUUUUGGAUAUUUUAAUAAUAAAGAACAAUUCACUCAAACAAUUCAGAAAUAUAUUGCAGUCGUCAAAGAAAUCGCCAUAUCAGCAGAAUGACGAAAUAAACAAAAAUUUCCGAACACAAUUUUUUAGAACAACUAUUUUAGUGUAUAAAAAUGAUAUUUUCAUAAAUUUAACUUAAACCAGCAGGAGCACAACUCGAAAGCGUAACGGUACUGCGAUUUAAGAUUUUCCUGAAUAAUUCUUACAUUAUUUUAUUGUUUGUUAAUUUUACAACUUUACCAUAUUUUGCAUACACUGGCGAACAUUUGGUGAAAAUUUGAUUAAAAUCGGACUGAUAUUGAGCGCGCAGUAGCGGUUUUCCACAAAACGCGGUAUUGCCUUUGUUUUUCCUGCGCAUUCUGCCAGUGGAAAAUUUUUGACGAGAUUGGGCUGAUUGGGGAGGCGGUGCUCUGGGGAGUGUUAAAACUGUCAUCGAAAUUAACCUCAUGUAGUGUAGCCUGUAUUGAUUAGACAGCAAAACAACUGAGCUCUGUAACCCAAUUAUAAUGUAUCACUACUUUCAUUCAUCAGCAAGGUAACUUCAAGAUUUAAGAUGGCAAGAAACUAAAAUCAGUUUAAACAGAAUAGUACAUCAUUUUUGAAAAUAACCAGGGGUCAGUUGUUCAAAGUUAGCUUAACCUAGGUUAACCUGACAGCAUGUCUAUAAAUUUGGAAAUAUUUCUUCAGAGAUCUUGUCUGGAUCGAUGGGAGUUCACUUCUCUGAAAUUAUGAAAUAAACAGGCGUACAGAAAUACACAAACUAAAACGACAGGGUUACCUUUUAACCCAGGGUUAGCGCUAACCAACCUUUGAACAACCAGCACCUGGCUAUAAAGUACAGCAGGGUGGUUGAGAGGGCAGGCUUAGAGUGGAGGAAGGAAAACAGGAGUUUAUAUUCUUCUAUAGUCCCCCCCGAGGGGGGGGGGUGUCAAAGGGUCUUAGGGCCAGGGAAGAAAUUCAAAAGAGUGAAAAAGAAAGGAAGGGAAUGGAAAGGUAAAUAAAAGAAAGAAGAGAACAAAGGGAAAUGAAAGGAAAGUGCAAAAGGAAAAUGAGGGGGCAAAGGAAAAGAAGAGAAAGGACAAGGGAUGAGAAUGAAAAAGAACUGAGAAAACUUGGGGAUCAGUCUCAUACUAUGUCAGCAAGGAAGGGGAGUGGUAUCGAUGAAGUAUGACUUUUUAAGGCAAGAGGGAGAGGGAAUUGGAACAUAAUGUCAAUGUUUGAAUAAAAUUAAAAAUAAGUGAAUAUAUAUCAAUGUUUGUGAAACUAAAAACGUUUCUUAAAUGAACGUAAUUUGGAGAGAGGAGUGCGGUACGGUCGAAUUCGGUAAACCACAUGUUAAGCAUUUAGUCGCUUCUACGAUCAGACUCGUAUUUUUAAGCCUGCCGCACACAAGAGAUACUUUCUGAGCAAACCGCUUCGGGUGGCAGCUAUCUCAGCUAUGUAUUUUCAUCGCACACGUUGGGAAAUCUACUCAACAACAACAUAAUUGACAAAAUCGUUUGCAUUUUCCUCCAAAGUCACAUGAAGAAACUAUGGUUUCGCAUUGGCUAAUUGAUUCAAGCAGCUCAGCACGAAGCUCACAACAUCCGCAGACGCUGAGAUUUUUUGCUCGCGACUCGCGAGGUGAAAAAUAUCCAACACGAUAGAUAUUUUAUACCAUAUAUAAUACUAAAACUGUCUGUACCAGUGUGGGUAGUACCAAAGUGAAAAUGCUGUGCGGAGUGGUUAUAUUACUACCUUAAAAAAUAAGCAGAAACUCGACGUUUCGAGCCUUAAUAGAAUGAAAAAGAACUGAGAAAACUUGGGGAUCAGUGUGAAAAAGAACUGAUAAGGGCCUUAUAUAAUAGCUGCCACGCGAGACGGUUAGCUCAGCAAGUUGCUCUGGUGCCCGGCAGGCUCUAUUACGACUCAUUACCUCGCAUAGAAAUACAAUUUUAGCAAUAACAGUAAUAUAUAACUGCGAUCAUUUCUGUAUAACAUUUUCAAUCAAAUAUCUAUUAAACACAAAAAAAAUAAGAUUCGUUGCAACAUUAACAAUGUUUAACUAAUUUGCGUUCAGUUCGGUACAGUUAAAAUAUGUCUAAAUUCCACUGUGCUGCGAAUGUCUCCAAACAAACUAGAUAUAAGAUCAACAUUCAACAUAUAUCAGCAGUAUUAAUAUAAAGCCAUCGUGAGGCAUGCUGUCCAUAUAUCUGAAGUGCAGAAUUACGUUUUAGUGUCCAAAUAUCGUCCUCUAAUCUUGUCAGUCAAGGUCUGCUACAGGAGUUAGAAUAAGAGAAUCACUCGCAGGUUGCGAUGUCAUUGGUUCGUAUUUUACUUUCAAGGCCUCGUGUAGAAGAGCCAUUUUGAAGAACGUCGAGUUGUGAUUACCCUCCUCACCAGUUAGGCGUAUCUGCGUAACAUUUCCCAGUUCAGAAACCUCGUAAUUCACACCUUUGGGCAUGCGACGACUAUCAAAUGCGUAAUCAAUUUUGGUAAUGAUUUUUUCUGGUCCACAUAGCGUAACACAUGGAGGUGUAGUGAUUUUAAUCAGACAUUUUCCUCAAGCAGCUGGUAUAGAAUGUUGCGCAGCACUACACUUUUGUUAUCAACAAAAUACCUUCACUUACCAAACUGAAAGUAAAAGUACUCGGGAAUUUUUGCCGUUACCAAGAAUUACUGACGUGUUUUCUAUAACCGUUUCCGGUUUCUGUUUUGAAAUCCUGAAGCCAGUAGCACAUGCCUGUAGGUAAAACCGAUUCAAUGAAACUACUGCAUUUGGUUGUCUGUAAAACAAGAAAUCGGGAAGUGGAAUGGGGAAUGGAAUGAGGAACGAGAAAACCCGGAAUGAAAAAAGCCGGAACUGUAAAACCCGGAAUGAGAAAAAGCUGGAAUCUGUAAAAUCCGGAAUGAGAAAAAGCCGGAAUCUGUAAAACCCGGAAUGAGAAAAAGGCGGAAUCUGUAAUGUCAGGGGUGUAUUCUAUAAUCCCCCUUUCCUCCCCCUCCCCCGGGGGUGGAAAAGAAUCAAGGGUCUUAGGGCCAGGGAAGAAAUUCAAAAAUAAGUGAAAAAGAAAGGAAGGGAAAGGAAAAGAAUAGAGAGAGGGAAAAGAAGAGAAUAAAGGGAAAAGAAAUGAAAGGGGAAAAGGAAAAUGAGGGGGCAAAAGGAAAAGAAGAGAAAGGACGAGGUAUGAGAAUGAAAAAGAACUGAGAAAAUUUGGGGAUCAGUUUCAUACUAUAUCAGCAAGGAGGGGGAGGGGUAUAGAUGAAGUAUGACUUUAUGGCAAGAGAAAAGGGAAUUGGAACAUAAUGUCAAUGUUAAAUAAAAUUUUAAAAAAGUGAAUAUGCAUUAACGUUUGUGAAACUAAAAACAUUUGUUAAAUGAACGUAAUUUAGAGAGAGGAGUACUUUUUAAGGGUAACAUCUCUAGUUAAUAUAUCAAUAAUCAAUUAUUUUGUUGUGCGGUUUAUCAUUGAGGUGCAGAAGUUCUAAAUAAACUGAAAAAUUUGUUUUCAAAAUCAGCAUUGUAACAUCAUUUUUCUACCUUGAACCAAACGUUUUUUCGAAAAUAAUUCUUUAAAUCGUAGGAAAAUUACUGGAAUAGUAAAGGUGGAACACAGACUCCGACCGAUGCCGCGCCCAAAUUUCUUCAAGAUACGGGGAAGAAAAUCAAAGCUGAAGGGGGGGGGGGGAGGAAUCAAAGGUCAUUGAAGAAUAUACACCCUUGAGGAAGAACAGAAUUGAUAUUUCAAGUACAAAACAAAGUGACCGGUAAUGAAUCUCAUGGCAGCUACCGGAGCUUCAGCAGCCUCCAGCUUAUUUUGAAAGUCCUGUGCACUGCCAUGUUUUGUUAACAAUCUUGCUUGUUUUGUAUCUGUUAUAGAUAUCAAUUUGUACUUCAGCUAAGAGAAUCGCUUCUCAAUGGAAGGUGAGUUCCAUAAUUGGCAGCCUAUGAAAUAUUUACAGACGUGUGCAAAUUUCUCAUAUUGCUGCAUCAAUUCAUGCAGUUUAAAGCUCUAACUUUGCUUCUUAUACGAUAUUACUGUUGUAUUCUUCUGUUAGGUUGGAAUGUUCGAUACCUAUUUAUGCUUUACUUGGCUCGUUUAUUGCACAAGGUAAUGCAAAAUUACAAAAAAUAUAAGAAAAAACAGAUUCUGAAGAAUAAAGUCAUCUUUACCCAUGGAGUUGCAUUGUGCCCUACUUUAUUAUUUCACUCUGUCUAAUGCCAGAUUAUUUUACUCUGUCUAACGCCAUCAAUAUACACUUAAUGUCUGCACCCGAGGGAAAUAGUUUUGUUUUCCCGAGAUUCUCCAUGUUUCCCGAGACGAAGUCGAGGGAAACAUUGAGAUUCGAGGGAAAACAAAACUAACUAUUUCUCGAGGGAAAAGACGUUAAGUGUUUUGUUAUAUAGCGACGAAACAAAUAUCAACAUUGAACAACAUUCAUACAACAAUAUUUGUAUUUCAUGACAAAAACUCUAUAGCGUAAACGAGUUUAAAAUUUUAAAAACCUACUUAAAUGGUUUCAGCAGCAUAUCCUGUUGCCUGUUAUGUAUUUUUCUUCUCUUUUACAUUCUUUAUUUUAACACAAAGCCACGAAAACAGUAGUUUAAAUAGUAUAAAUUUGUGCCGCCAUUUUGUUUAUUUAUGUACGUAGCCGGUCGGGGCGGGCAACAAUUUUUCACUUAUUGCCCGGGCGGGAUACAUUGCAUUUAUCUAAAGCCACGUGACUACAAAUCAGCCAAUCACGUUUGGUGUUCACACUAGCUAUAUAACAAUUGGAUAUAUUCAAUAUGUGGAUUAAAACAAGACUUUUUUUCUGAUGAUUAAUUUGAAAUAAAAUGAAAAUAUUACAGUCAUAAAAAGUUGUAUUCAUUGUUUUAAUGGAAUAUUAAAUUUCAAGAUAACUUUAUUCUGCAGAAUUUGGUUUUUCUUCAUUUCUGCUUUCUUAAAUUGUUGGCUGUCCAUGGCUUUUAAAAACUCAAUUUUGAUUAUUGCUUUCCUAUGUUAUAUAAUUAUGUUGUUUUGUGGAAUCUACUGUAACUGAUGGAAUUUAACCGAUUGCGUGCCAGCACUCUCCUCUUGACGAGAAAAAUAGUCUGGAAUAAGACAGAGUAAAAUAAUAGAGUAGGGUACAUUAGGGCACAAUGAGAACUAACCAUGGCGCGAAAUAAUGUAACGGCUUGAGGGUUGCCGGUCAAGGUGAUAGCCAACUCAAUUUUAGCUCGGACACAUCGAAUUUCUGGGUGAUGAAGUUAUUCAGCUUCUUAAAGUAAAGCCUACUAAAGUAUAUCUCUAAAAAUGUGACUAUUUUCCGAUCCCAGUAUAGCAUUACAAAACGCCUUACUGUAAUCAGUAAUUAAAAACCCCAUCACAUAAAACAGCUUGGCCAUAAAGCAUGUAGUACAUGUUGCAUUUCUCAUAAAGCGUGGCCAUGGGCUUUGUGACGUACUGUGUGAGAAAGCUGUCGUACAUUGAAGUUCUUUUUGCGCAAAACAUUCGACAACAUGUUAUGGUUCUUAAUUAUAAUACUUUAUUUUGAUUAUUAAUUCUUGAAAAUGAAGAUUAGUUCGUUCUUUUAUCGAAAGUGGUAAGGUAAAAAUUUGACCGGACAACUCCGCAUUCUGGCCGGACAUUCUCCGUUGGCUAAAUUAUAGAUAAAUAUCACUUAUUAGAGAACUGCCCUAAUUCUUCUUUCAGCUGAAUUUGGUGACUAUGAUUCUCCUGAUAUCUCAGCGAAUUAUUUAGAGGACUUUAAAGUUUGCCCGGAUCAAGUAAGUGUACAGUAGACAUGUACUGUAUACUACGUACAGUGUACAGUAGACUUGUACUGUAUACAACGUACAGUAAUUCUUCCCCCUUGCAGAGCUAUUACACAACACAUACACUGUCAGUGGUAAUGUUGGUUUUCUUACUGUAAUCUUUUAAUUUCAGCCCCCAGAGCUCGUCGAAAAAAUCCAUGAUUAUCAUAGAAGACACAGGUGAGAUUUCAAAUGAAUCGUGUAGUCUACAGUAUAGUUAUCACAAUUACUAACUUCUUAUUAACCGAGUGCGAGGUCUUUACAGAGAAAUAUCGGACUGAGGUCUUUUUUGUACAGACCGAGCCCGUAGGGCGAGGUUUGUACAAAAAGACCGAUGUCCGAUAUUUCUCUGUAAAGACCGAGCAGGCGAGGUUCAUAAAAAGUUUAGUAUAUGGCAUUCAUAGGCGUUUAUACUCGAAACAAACAAGAAAUGCAUGAUUUGAAAUGUAUAUUAGUAGCGUGGUACAUAUGCAUUUGGUCGAAGAAAACAAAAAAUACCAAUGUAUAUCCUUUCCACUUAAAACCAUUCGCAGAUAUCUUAUAACCAAUAGACCUUUCACCUUAUGAGUGAAAUUUUGAUCUAGAUAUGCCUGGACAAAAAUUUCAUCACAGUUCGAAAGAGCAUCACAAAAUUAGUAAUAUUCCGAAGUUUCGUUGCGAAAUGUUGUAAAAUGCGGAUAAUAUAGCCUUGCGAAGUUUGCCGUUUUUCAGUCAUUUUGCAUUACAAACGGGAAAUUGAUAAUCAGAUGAUCAAACUGAUUAUCAAUUUCCCAAUUGGAUUACAAAAUGACUGAAAAACGGCAAACUUCGCAAGGCUAUAUAUUAUCCGCAUUUUACAACAUUUCGCAACGAAACUUCAUUGAUGCUCUUUCAAGCUGUGAUGAAAUUUUUGUCCAAAUUUGUCUACAUCAAAAUUUCACUGAAAAGGGGAAAGGUUUACUAAGCCAUAGCAAAUUAAGUCAUAAUUUUCAAAUUUUCAAUUAAUGUAGUUUUGCUGUUUUGUUUUAAAAUGCAUGCGUUUGUUUUUACGUACGGUCCAUUACCGGGAAAUAAUGGACCGCUGAAAAUGCUUCUCAGCCAAUCGCAGUCCGUUAUUUCACCGGAAGUGAUUCUUGCCAUAUAAUAAAUUAUGGUUAAUAUUGAAUAGGCAUUAUGAUGGUGAUCUUAACUUUUUAUAAUUUUAUUUUUCAGAGGGAUGACUCCUGAACAAGCUGAGCUUAAUUUUCUCGAUAACGUUCGGAAGUUACCCAUGUAUGGUGUUCAUCGGCAUUUAGCAUUGGUAAGCAGUUUCCCUUCACAAGUUUUGUUGCUCGUAUGCACGGAAUGUUGUUAAACAUUUACCUCUCGUCAAGACCGCCUUUUGCUUGGCAAUACUAGAUUCCCCUUAUUACGUUUUCGUAGCGCUUUGCACUGUGGUUAUAGUGGUAUCGCUGAUAUUCAAGUUGGCUUAUUUUUUGUCCUGACCCGUGCAAGAACUUUUUAAAAAAGCUAAGGUCAAAUGCGUGAUAGCCAACAGCAAAAUCGCGAAAAUAUUCAAUAUUUUCAUUCGAGGCCGCUAGCUUUAUCUGUGUUACCACAAUGCAAAGCGCUACGAAAACGUAAUAAGGGAAACCUAGUAUUCUUGUACACUUCUGAAAUUUUCCUUGUCCAAAAGGCUGGCACGAUUAGCUUUGGGACAAGCCUCCUUUGCCGUACAAACGGGCAAAUAGAACUUGUCAAGAAAAACUUGCCCGUCUGUACUGGGCUUAAGAGAUUUUCUACAGGCAUUAGAGUGUGGACAAGGAUACUGUAGGUCAUUUAACCACAGCACUUUGAUAUCUUUGUCGUAUAGGAUGUUAAUUGUGAAAAAGUAUUUAUUGGUGUUUCUAAUGUUGCUGUAACUGUCUAUCGUGGUAGUCGUCUUAUGUCAACGUUUGUAUGGUAAGUAAUUUUAUUAUAGAAUGUACGUAGGCUUUCAUAUUGUAUAAUAGCGAGCUUAUAAGCAAGUGCUGUCUCUCUGAAUUUUUUUUCCCUCCUGGUAAAUGUGAUCGAAAAAACGACUCUAUACUUUUGCGUGCGACUUCACGCAUUUGCAUGAGUCAGAAACACAAAAUCGCCGGCAAAAUUGCUCGUAUGAUCCAGGCUUCAAAGGGAUAUGGCAAUAUAUAUUAAGUUUGUCUUAUUUGAAAGAACAUCUAAAAUGAUAUAUAAACUUCCUUUACAAUUAUUCCGUAUCUUGCUUGGUUUUCGAAAUAAAUCGACUUAUUUUGGUCAAAAGCAGCGUGCAUUCCGCCAUCUUGGAUAUGCAUUCGAUAUGCAUACGUCACAAGUAGGGUAGAAAGCGAAAUUUUUAUCUUGCAAACCACAUGUCAUUAUCAAUAUGAAACUCGAUUUUCCGAAGUCUUUUUUAUCCUCAAUGAACUCACAAGAUUUUGAGAAACUUUGCGAAGAAAUUUAGUCCCACAUGAAGAAGUUUUAACAAGUUUACCCUGCUUGUGACGUCAUCAAAAGCUCAGUCAAUUAGGUCAAUUAUAAUACCAAGAUGGCAGACUGCACACUGUUUUUGGUCAAAAUAUUUCUAAAACCAAGCAAGAUACGAAAAAGUUGUACAUAAAGGGUCUUCAUAUAACUUUAUAACUUUCAAAUAAGACAAAGUUAAUUUUUAUUCCCAUAUCCCUUUAAGCUCAGUAUUAAAAUACCACCUACAUUGGAAUCCUACGGACCUCUACUGUAUUUUUGUGAUCUUGAUGUUAUUUUGUGUUCUUUUAAAAUCCAGGCCUCAAAUUCUUAGUAUUGGUUUCAAAAGCAAGAAGUUCUAUAUCAAAAUAAAACCCGCAGACGAGGUACGCCUUCAAGUUCAGUUCUUUUUCAUAUAUUCUCCGGGACACCCUGUAGAAAAACUAACGUAUGUUUAUGUGAUGUUUUUAGGAUGAUGACUUUUGUAAAACAAGUGUAGGAUUUAAACUCUCAGAUCGCGUGGCAGCGAAACGUCUGUGGAAAAUCUGCGUCGAACAUCACACGUUCUUCAGGUAUAAGCUAUGCUUGGCUACAGUAACUGUUAUAUUGUACACUGUAUAAUAGCGUGUACUUGUCGUUUAUAAAUUCGUCCGAAAUUUAUAUUCAAGGUUGGAAAAUGUUGAUUUAGCAGAGAAGAAAGGUUGGCUGUCCCGGUUUGGAUCUCGAUUUAGUUACAAGUGAGUGGAGAGCUAUCUUUUAAUAAUUCCUAAUCGGUCAAACGAAGAUGAGAUUGCACGAGAUUUGGCCGACUGAAUGAACAUAAUGAAUGAACAUAAUUUUUAAUGAGGAUACCAACUUCACAAGUAGAGGUUUACUUAGCUAGGGGUCCUCAGACAAGCAAACAUAUACUAAAAAUAAUUAAAUUACAAAUGAAAAUAACUAGACAGAACAAACAAGUCAUUACAAUUCAGUUUUUUCGAGGCGAUUAUUAAAUGAGGUUAUCGAGGCAGGGUUUUUUUCAGGAUUUUCUCUUGGGUCCGUUUUUACAGAGAGGAUUGAGUUUAGCUGAACAGCUGGGGUGGCUGCGUUAAGCGCUAGGUUACAUACAUCACUUCUUAAUGCUUUGCCAACACUGUCUUGUAUUCUAUUAAAGUUAAAACAUACUGUAGUUGGAACACUCAUGAUCAAACCUUUAUUUUGCUAGAGCUUGAAAUGCUCCCAUACAACGUGUGACUGUCACUCUUAGAUGCAUUAUUUACAGUACAUAAAGCGAAGCUUUUGUUAUAGUGUAGCUCUAUUGUGGCCGGGAUAGCUUCCUCAAGAUAUACGGAAGCUUCAAUUGUUAUCACAGUUUUAAGAAAGCUACAGAUGUUUAUUAUAAUAAUUUAAGCGAACUCCCACACGGCAAUCUUGUAAACCUGUAGUAGUUUUUUUUUCAGAUGUUGUUCUUAAUGUUGCUGUGUGUUAGUUAGGAUAUCUACAUACUGAUGAUUUACUGUGUUUAAAUAAAGUUUUAUUGUAUUGUAUUGUAAUGUAUUGUUUCUAUCUGCAGGGGAAAGACAGAACAUGAAAUAAUGAAAGAAGACCCCAAACCGACAGAAGAACCUUUCAGUCGAGUAUCGAGCAAGAGAUUUUCGGAGAGAGUUUUGAAAGGUGAGGGAAUAUCAUCACUGAGGGUAAUAUUUGGCCGAAUCCCCCGAUCGGAGGGUCUAUAAAUGAUACAUUACGCCGAAAAUUAAAAGCC